UCGCGCACAAACAAGAGAAUGUGACUUUUAUGAUUCAGAUAUUUAAAAAAAAUGGCGCGCCAGAUAAGUUUGAUGGUGGUGUCUUUUACUCAACUAUACAAGCUUAACUAUAUAGGCGGUUGGUGGUGAUAAUACCCCACCCUGGAUUGAGCAAACAGAUAUAGAGACAUCGCAGUUCUUCAAAUACUUUAGAAGACUUCGGUUAUUGUGACGGUAACUGUUCUGGAGAGCAGCUCGCGCGAAAAUACGAUCUGUCUGGUCUGUGGGGGUGGAACAGAGGAAAACGCGGUUCAAAUUUUGUGAAUGGUUUUAGUUUGUUGUUCUUGUGUCACGUGUUUUUGCUGCUUUAGUUAAAUAUUUGAAAAGUCGUUUUUACAACUCUUCAGCAUGGUGAAGUUUAACAAGGAGGGUUUCCUCCGAUUCGUCAAGCAGAAUUUGCUAAUUUUAAUGACAAUUGGUGGAGUGGUCAUUGGAGUUGCUUUGGGUCUGGGGUUGCGUGAUGUUGGCAAGGACGAAAACCUGUGGACUCAACGAAACAUUAUGUACGUGAACCUGCUUGGAGAUUUAUUUCUUCGAGUUAUUAAAGCAAUCAUCUUGCCGUUGAUUGUAACCUCCUUGAUCUCAGCGGUUGGCUCACUGGAUACUAACAUGUCGAAAAAGAUCGGUGGUCUUGCUAUUCUUUACUAUAUGACCACGACUAUCCUGGCAGUGCUAGAAGGAGUUGCCCUAGUGAUCACAGUUCAACCUGGGAAGCGCUCAGACGAUAAAAAUGAUCUUGCUGAAGCCCAGCGAACCAACGUGACCACGGCCGACACCUUGCUCGACCUGAUUCGCAACAUUUUCCCGCCAAAUCUAGUUCAAGCGUGUCUUCAGCAGUACCAAACCGUUUUGAGCCCACCGAAGGCAAACCCCUCGGAACAGGACCUCGACCUGUGGGACAUUUCCAGCCGGUUCGUCGACGGAACAAACCUGAUUGGAAUCGUGGCAGCGUCAAUCACCUUCGGAGUGGCGCUAAGUGCCGUCAAGAACGAUGCUCCAGUUUUGCUACACUUUAUUCAGCAACUCUCGGUGGCAGUGAUGAAGGUUACUGGUUGGAUUAUUUGGUAAGUAGGGAAACUGCAUGCUUUUUUAUAUAGAAUUUAUGUCGAGUUAUCAGCACAUUAGCGUCAUGUAAGAGGUUUAAAAGUUUAAAGCGUUUUCAUACUAAAUCAGUUCAUCAAAAGUUUC